UGUUCAAACUAGUCACAGCUAGAGAAAGGAAGGUGCAACAAAAUUCUACGAACCAACACUCUUCUCUCUCUCUAAAACUCCCCUUUCUCUCUCUCUAAAUUUCUCAUUCUACCAUCUCUUACUGAGCUCAGAUUACCUAGUGAUGGCGGUGUGCGCCACCGACACGGCUCGAGAGCUUUCGUGCCGAGACAGCCGAGCCGCAGCGAACCUCAAGCUCGUCUCGAUGUUUGUGAUCUUCGUCACGAGCGUCGUCGGAAUAUCGUCUCCGGUGAUGCUCGCGCGCUUGUUCCAAGGUAAGCCGGUCUACGACAAGGCCAUUCUCAUAAUCAAGUGCUUCGCGGCCGGCGUGAUUCUCUCUACAUCGCUCGUCCACGUCCUCCCCGACGCCUUCGACGCUCUCGCCGACUGCCACGUGGCGUCGCGACACCCCUGGAAGGACUUCCCCUUCUCCGGCCUCAUCACGUUGAUCGGAGUACUCACCGCACUUCUGGUAGACCUAACCGCAACGUCGCACGUCGAUAGCCACGGAGGAAAGGCGAGUAGUAAUUACACGGCGAUCGGGACGAGCGAGGAAUUGGCGGCGGCGAGGAAGAAAUCGGCGGAGAGUGGAGUGGAAAUGGGGGUGUUUGGUGAGAGGGAAUCGAAAGAGAUGGUGAGGAUGAAGCAGAGAUUGGUGUCGCAGGUGCUGGAGAUUGGGAUAAUAUUUCAUUCGGUGAUCAUAGGGGUGACGAUGGGGAUGUCUCAGAAUCAGUGCACGAUCAGACCGCUUGUUGCUGCACUCGCGUUUCACCAGAUCUUUGAAGGGAUGGGCCUUGGAGGCUGUAUUGCUCAGGCAGGUUUCAGCUUUGGAACAACAGCGUACAUGUGCUUCAUGUUUUCGGUGACAACACCACUGGGAAUAGUGUUGGGUAUGAUCAUUUUCUGGUUCACUGGUUACGACGACAGUAGCCCCAAUGCCUUGAUUCUGGAAGGUCUGUUGGGUUCCCUAUCCUCUGGUAUCCUUAUUUACAUGGGUCUAGUCGACCUCAUAGCUCUCGACUUCUUCCACAACAAGUUGAUGAGUUCCGAGUCAUGGUUAAAGAAGGCCUCUUUCAUUGCCCUCACACUUGGCUCUACCUCCAUGUCUAUCCUUGCCCUUUGGGCUUAAGAGUUAGUGUUUUGUGCAAAGCAAUGAAAAAAAUGAUAGUAGUAUGUUGGACUAUCGGUAUUAAUUUAUCCAAAUUGUCAACUGUCCAUGCUUAGACAUAGGGCGACCAACGUCCAUAAUACAAAUUAUUUAUUUUUUUGGAUUGGAAGCAAAUUCUCUCUAGUUGGCUUUGUUAAUUAAACUGUUGAACUUCAAUGGGUCCACCACGAGUACCAAUUAUUUAUCUUAUGAAGCCACAUGAUUGAUUGAAAAAUGA